CCAAACUCUGUUUUCUCUCUUUCCCUUCUGCUCUGUUUCUUAGUAGUAAACACAUCUUCUUUCUUAUAAUAAUUAAAAAAACAUGGAAUUGGAUGAAUUACGUUCAAUCUUGAAGAAUUCAAGUGUGGACUUAUGGAGUUUAAUUGACACAGCCAUUUCUGUAGCUAUUCUUGAUCAUGGAAAUGAGCUUCGCAGUCGAAGAGACGCCAUUGUUGAGAAACUCUAUGCUCCUCUGCUUUCUAACAAUUCUAAUUCUGAUAGAAAUUAUGAAAUCCCAAAAAAAAUUGAGAGAAAUAUUGAUGAUGAUCACAAGUUAAAAACAGAGGAAAAAAGUAAUGAAGAAGAUGUAGAGAUCAACAAAAUCCUCAGAAUCAAGAACCAUUUUGAAAUCCCAAAUCAGUCUGAGAAUUGCUUGGUUGAUCAGCUUCAAAGUCUUGCUGAAAUGGACAUUAAUUUCAAAGUUCUUGAGAAAACGGAUAUUGGAAGGCAUGUAAAUAAACUGCGAAAGCAUUCAUCAAAUGAAGUAAGAAGGCUCGUUAAACUACUAAUCAGGAGAUGGAAAGAUAUUGUUGAUGAAUGGGUGAGAUUAAAUACACUAGUGGAAGACACAGAUGGAGUGAAUAUUUCGAAUGGUUCAUCAUCUUAUUGCGAUCAUAAGCAUAGCGUAGAGAAGAAGAACAGCAUUAGUCCAUCGUCAAAACGCCUACGUGAGGAUUACCUAGAAGAACAUUAUGCCAAAAUAGGAAGGAGUAGAGAAGUGGACCUUGAAGACGUAGGCAAACCCAAAAACUCAGUGGUUGCUAACAGCAUUUCUGGAUUUGAAGCAAAAUACUGGUAGACAAUUAAUUCCCCUACUAUAUAGACUGCAAGUGGUACAAACACUUGAUGCAAUUGAGAGAAGCAAAGACUAAAUCUACCAAAUGA